CCUCGCGCGCUCCGGGCGGCGCCGGCAGCAGCAGCCAAGGUGAUUCCAUCCUCGGCUUGAGCCGCGCGUGGAGCCUCCGGGGCUCGGGAAGCUGCGGGUGGCCGCGACCGGGGGAAGCCACUACAGGAUCCGCAGUUCCCUCGGGCGCCAGGGGCGGGCUGGCGGCAGGUGGACCGCGCGCCGGAGCCAUGCCGCGCUCCUUCCUGGUGGACUCCCUCGUGCUGCGGGAAGCCAGCGACAAGAAGGCUCCGGAGGGCAGCCCGCCACCGCUCUUCCCCUACGCGGUCCCCCCGCCGCACGCGCUCCACGGCCUCUCGCCCGGCGCCUGCCACGCGCGCAAGGCCGGCUUGCUGUGCGUGUGUCCCCUCUGUGUCACCGCUUCGCAGCUGCACGGGCCCCCCGGGCCGCCGGCGCUGCCGCUACUCAAGGCGUCCUUCCCUCCCUUCGGAUCGCAAUAUUGCCACGCACCCCUGGGCCGCCAGCACUCCGUGUCUCCUGGAGUCGCCCAUGGCCCGGCCGCAGCCGCAGCAGCUGCCGCACUGUACCAGACCUCCUACCCACUGCCGGAUCCCAGACAGUUUCACUGCAUCUCAGUGGACAGCAACUCGAACCAGCUGCCCAGCAGCAAGAGGAUGCGGACGGCGUUCACCAGCACGCAGCUCCUGGAGCUGGAGCGCGAGUUCGCCUCCAACAUGUACCUCUCCCGCCUGCGGCGCAUCGAGAUCGCGACCUAUCUGAAUCUGUCGGAGAAGCAGGUGAAGAUCUGGUUUCAGAACCGCCGGGUGAAGCACAAGAAAGAAGGCAAGGGCAGUAGUCACCGCGGCGGAGCUGGGGCGGGGGCCGGCGGGGGCGCACCGCAAGGUUGCAAGUGCUCUUCGCUCUCCUCAGCCAAAUGCUCAGAGGAUGACGACGAAUUGCCCAUGUCUCCAUCUUCCUCCGGGAAGGAUGACAGAGAUCUCACAGUCACUCCGUAGGUGCGCUUUUUAGAGGACCUUUGGUCCCCCACCCAUCCCGGCCUUUCCCUGCACUUCAAAGACUGGUUCCCAGGCACCUGCUGGCCAAUUCACGGAUUUCGUAGCGCUUUGCGGUGGUGCGCAGCUCGAGGCAGAGCCGAGACCUUAGCAGAGACUUGAAGACAGUGCCCCUGUCCCUUGGGCUUCAGGGUAUUUAGGAGGACUCCAAGCGAUGACCGCUGGGUCUUCCUCCCAGGACACAGUGUCUUCUCUCAGGCACGCAGGCCCGAGCACAGCGCCUUGCUGACCACCGGCGCCUCCUCGGCCGCCAACUCUGGGCUGGUUCAGGCUUCCUCGUUCCCGCUACCCUCUCCUCGAUCAAGCUGGGCUUUUCACUAGUGGCUGUUUGCUUUCCUUUUAACAUUUUUUUCUUGUCCUCAACUUUCCCCGCCCCCCCCCUACACACACAGUGGUCGUUUAUGCAACACGUUUAUGAAUUAACUUUUCCUUCCCCUCCUCAGGAAGCCUCUUCGUUCUGUCCGUUUGUCCCUUAAACAGGGAUCAGGUCUUGCUCUUCGAAGAAGUCCCCCUAGCUAAGAGGACUGUCUCAAAUGGUAUUGUAUUGGGGGGCGGGGGGGAUGACUCUGUUUCCAACACGCUCUAUACCCUCCUUCAAAUGAAGCCGCUGUAAACAACCUCUCCCCAUCGUCCAGGUCCCGACCCCUUCUGGGAACUGACUGACUGACUGUGUCAUUGUAUGGUCUCUGUAAUGCCAGAAGAUAUUUAUUUAUUUAUUUAUGUACAAAAUUUUAAAUAAACUUUUUUUCUUAGAAA